AUGGCGUUUUUUGGCAUCCAAACCACAGAUAUCAACGAUGAAAUUGCCAGCUAUCAAGUGGGUCGAUAUGUGAACUGCAAUGAGGCGAUUUGGCGUAUAUUCUCAUUCCCUAUUCACGAACUUUGUACAUUUGGCGGUGCAUCUGGAGAAUGGCAACGAGUUUAUUUCACCGUGUCGAAUGUUGCUCAACGAGCUGAAGUACCUACACCAACAAUAUUGAUGAGUUUCUUUGUGACUUGCCAAAGCGUCCCGUUUACCCGAACGUUGCUUUACUCGGAGAUGCCACGUUAUUACACUUGGAAUGCUUCAUCGAAGAAAUUUCAACGUCGGAAGCAGGGCGACGCGGUUCCUGGUCAUCCGGAUGUGCGUUCUACUGAUGCUCUUGGCCGUAUUUAUACAUUACCUCCGAAGAAUGUUGAAUACUUCUAUUUGCGGUUGUUACUGCUGGAUGUUCGAGGGCCAACAUCAUUCGAAUCACUACGAACUGUUAAUGGUAUAGUGCGCUCAACAUUUCGUACUGCAUGUCAAGAGUUCAAUUUGCUUGAAAACGAUAAUCAUUGGGACAUGACAAUGGCUGAAGCAACUAUUUCUGCAUCUCCAAAUCAGAUAAGCGUAUUAUUUGCUGUCAUCCUUUCGACAUGCUUCCCAUCCAAUCCACGUGACCUGUGGAACAAAUACAAGGAUAACAUGUCAGAAGAAAUUUUACAUUGA